AUGGAUCCGACAACAACGCUUUUUACCUUCAUGUUUCGGCGAGACCGUGGCCAAUGGCGUGGCUGCUACACCUUCAAGGAUAUUGUCUGUGAGGGUGGUGCGGGUACGAUACCAAGAAGGACUGGCGGCUUGAAAAUGGGCCACACUUAUUACUAUUACUAUGAACUUGACGGGGCGUCCGAAACACACGAUCCAACUCUCCCGUCUACCAAUACCUGCCCGUAUCUUCCUGGCCAGACUGUAAAUACCCUCUGGAUUCCCGUCGAGCAGUCUCUCAGAAAACGGAGUGCCUCAUUGACCUCGCUCCGCGAGGAAGAUUAUAAGACCAUGGAUCCUGCGAGCAAGUUUGCCGCUCCUAGACCAGCACCAACUCCCCCAGAAACAACCCCCCGGAUAGGGACCGCGCCGCUCCGCUAUCAGCAUCAAAAGCGCCCAUCAAGGUCUUUGUCCCCAGGUUCCGUGUGGUCGUUCUCGCCCCGAAAACUUUUCAGUCGCAAAUCAAGUUCAUCUUCAUUGAAAGAAACCAAAGUUCUUCCAGCACAAGACGAGCGGAGUGGCCAUUUCCAGGGUAGUCGCUCCAGGGAUAUGUCACCGGAAUCACUUCGGAAGUUCCUAGUGGAUGCUAGGCCCUUAGCGGAGGAACCUGAGGCUAAUGAACGGCCCGUUAUCGUCAUCCCUGAUGAUAUCGUCGAGGAAAAUGAGGAUGAUGACAACUUUGCUACAUCCGCCGUGUCCGAGACAGUGGCGUUCACCGGGCUGGCCCCACCUCCGCAGCGAACCAUCUCUCCCUCCCCAACAGUGGUCUCCUGUCGUGAUGGCGCGCUAUCCGUGAUCGAAUCCAAUCUGCCAGUUCCCGCUCCACGGACACGUUCCCCUAAUCUGGCGACAAAGCUCCAAAUUGCCCAGAAGACCGAUCGGCCGUCAUAUGUGCCGGUUCUUACCUCGCCUAAUCAGCAGACCCCAGAAUCCCCAGAUGCCCACUCCCCACCCGGCUUCUACCUUUCCGAAGACGAGGAGGAUGAAGGUGUCCUGUCGGGAAACGAGGACGAACUACCCCCUGUCCAGGGGAUUACUGACACGAUUGAUGGGAAAGGCAUUAAUCCCUUUGCCAGGAACCUGAACGCUGCUCUCUCCACCUACAGUCUCCCUCGGACAUCCGGCACGGAGGGCAAGGAAGGCAAGCGCUCUGCCGCUAGCCGCAGGUUUUCAGUCUGCGGUGGGGGACCUGAGACAGAGGACGUGACAAUCGGCAAUCCUACUGCUUCGCUUCUUUCUAGCCCAGGCGCCGAGUCACGUCUCGAAGACCUGGUGGAUGAGUUGGGGUGGAUGGCGAACAUGAUUCGGGUGUAA